CCGGGCGCAUGCGCAGUGUCUCCGGCUCUCAGAGGGUGCAGCAGCAGAAGGAAGCGGAGUUUCCGGCUGUUCGCAGCGGAGGGAGAGCACUGCUGACGCCGCGAAACCCCGAGAGAAACACCGGCGGCUCGGGGGGUUGGAUGCUAACUAUCUAUAGUAUCGGUACUGCUGGUUUGUUUUCUUUCAUAUCGUGUGGAUCUGGGGUGAUUUGUGACAGAACACCGAGUACACAAGGCGGGGGUUGAGGAGCCACCAGCUACCGGCAUGGCCAGGGACUACGAUUACCUCUUCAAGCUGCUCAUCAUCGGGGACAGCGGCGUGGGGAAGAGCAGUCUCCUCCUGCGAUUUGCAGACAACACGUUUUCAGGUAGCUAUAUCACCACGAUCGGCGUGGACUUUAAGAUCCGGACGGUGGAGAUCAACGGGGAGAAGGUGAAGCUACAGAUCUGGGACACAGCAGGGCAGGAGCGCUUCCGCACCAUCACCUCCACAUACUACAGAGGGACACACGGGGUCAUCGUGGUUUACGACGUCACGAGUGCAGAGUCCUUCGUCAACGUCAAACGAUGGCUACACGAAAUCAACCAGAACUGUGACGACGUGUGCCGAAUAUUAGUGGGAAACAAAAACGACGACCCCAACUCGAAGGUGGUGGAGACGACCGACGCACAGAAGUUUGCAGAGCAGAUGGGAAUCAACCUGUUUGAGACGAGUGCAAAAGAGAACAUCAACGUCGAAGAGAUGUUCAACUGCAUCACGGAGCUCGUGCUCAGAGCUAAGAAGGAAGUUCUGGCCAAACAGCAGCAGCAGCAACAGAACGACGUGGUCAAACUCACCCGGAACAGUAAACGAAAGAAAAAGUGCUGCUAGCAAACUCAGCAGCAAGCGCCACCAACGAGAAGAGGCCGUCUUCUCUCCACACGCAUAAACACAAGAGACUCAGAGCAUCUAAAUUAAAAAAGAAAAAAAGAUUUAAUAAAUAUACGGUGAAAAAUAAAUAAAUAAAUAAAUGGAGUAAAGAAAAAAAAAAGAAAAGAAGUCCCCUUUGGACGAAUUAAUCAUGAGAGAGAAAAAAGAAAUGUACAGAUUUUAUUAGACGUCAAAUCAAGUUUUAUUUGGAUUUCAGCAGACCUCCUUUUGUUUAUACACACAUACACAUACACACUCUCACAUACACACACACACACACACACACACACACAGCUCCUUCUCUGCACACGGGACAUUCAGAGUGGAGAACGAGAAGGAGGUCACCUUUCUCUGGAUUUACUUGUAGUUUUAUGUUAUUUUUCAGGGGGUUUAUUUUUCUCAACAUUUCACACACAGCUCACGCCGACACAUCGUGGAUCUUUUUGUUUCUGAGGGAAAACAUUUUUUUUUUUGCCACUAAUCCGACGGACAGAACUGGUCUUGUUUUUUUUUGUCCAUAUUUUGCCAAGCUUCCCCUCUAAUAGUGAUGAGCCAACCAUUUUGUUUUUUAAGGGCAGUUGAACCUCCUCCUGGACGACUGAAAGCACCGUUCACUGCAGUCUUACAUCGCUUUUAAACAUUUUUUUUUAAGGAAACAAACAAACAAUACUGCCAAUAUUGUAGAAAAAAUAAAAUAUCAGGAGCUCAGUGGUGCCUCUCGUUUUUGGACUGUUGCCAUGAGGCGGGGGGUCUGAAUUGCUCCCCCCCCCCCACCUCACUCAUCUCCCUUCUGUAUCUCUGCAUCAUUUCUCACAUAUCAGACCCUCUCUCUCCUGCAUUCGCUCCAUCAAAGUGCAUCUCGCUGUGUUUUAACUCUGUUUGAAGGGGUCAGAGGUCACUGUCUCUCCUCUCAGCUUGCAGAAUAUUCCCAACGAUUCUCUCCGUCACAAAGCCCCCCCCCCCCUUCAGCUUCCUGUUCAACCGAAGUGUUACCGGACAGUGUUUCUAUCACGACAACCAGGAUGAGAGUGAGACUGUUUAAGGAAAAUGUAACCACCCCCAAAAAACAUCUGAAUUGGAAAUAUUGAACCGGUUACCUUGAAUUUUUGAAUAAAAGGCUUCUUUUCUUUCUAAAAAUAAUUCAAGGUAACACUGGGAGAGAAAUGUAUACACAAAUGAUUAUUAUUUGUGGGUAAAGUUUUCCUUUUUAAUUCAAGACAAAUUCUGGUGAAGUGUUACGGAAGAGGAUUAGGGCCACAUAUGAUUUUCUUUUUUGAUAUGACCAAAAGGGAAACGUUUUUUGGAGUUCUGAGAUAAAAGUUGGAACUCUGACAAAAAUCGAAAUUGUAAGAAAAAGUUGGAAUUCUGAAAAUAAAGUUGGAAUUCUGGGGAAAAAACUCGGAAUUCUGAGAAAAAAGUUGGAAUUUUGACUAAAACUUAAGAAAAAGUUGGAAUUCUGAGGAAAAUAAAUUGGAAUUUUGAAAAGAAAGUCGGAAUUCUGAGAAGAAAGUUGGCAUUUUGAGACAUUUCUUUGACUCAAAUCGAAAUUAUGAGAAACAAGUUUGAAUUUGGAACAAAAAAAGUUGGAAUUGGAAAAUCGAAUUGUGAGAAAAAAGUUGGAAUUCAGAAAAAAAGUUGGAAUUGUAAAAAAAAAGUUGGAAUUCUGAGGGAAAUAAAUUGGAAAAUAGAAAAAAAAAUCGGAAUUCUGAAAAAAAAAUUGGAAUUCUGGGAUUAAAGUCAGAAUUUGAGAAAAAAAAUAUAAUAUAUAUUUUUCUUCUGAAAACAAAGAAAUUCGGACUUUGAUCUCAGAAUAAAACAAAAUUCCCUUUGUGUCAGAUGUCCAGAAAGUGGCCCUGUUCCUCGUCUGUAAAGCACAGCUCCGGCCUCCUCUCUUUCCACAUCACCACAUCUCUUUCUCUGACACAUAUUUCCUUUAAAUUGGGAGCGUUAAUGAAACGCAGAGCGCCGCCGGCUGAGCUCCUCGAGAGGUGGAGGAUAUCAAAUCUCACUCGUUAUGAUUUCUACUCGAUACGUGUAUGUAUAUAUAAAUAUAUUUGUGUGUUUAUAUUCCGUAUAGAACAUACACACAGGAUGAAACACCGUCAGCUGUGGUUUGCUGUACACUGGAGAAAAAGAGAUGUACUAUUCAUUUUUCCCGACAUGAAUUUAAUCAGUAAUAAAACGUUUUAAAGGAAUAAAUAUUUGACACAUAAUGGCUGAUCUCGUGCGUCAGUGAUUUGAGGCUCGCUCUUAACUUCAUUUUAAACCUGUGUCUUUUUCUUUUCUGUGAAUAAAAGUAUGAGAGGAAGUGUGAAG